AUGCUCUUUCCGAGCUCCAUUUUCCUUCAGAACAAAGUUGUUGAACUCUCUGAUCAAUUUCUAGAACUUGAGAAAAGUGAAGAACUUUUUUGGGCUCGGAGAGCUAAGGACUUUCAGAGAAGAUUCAAAGCAACAAAUGCCAUUAACUUGGAAAGGGCUACAUCGUUUGUUAAUAUUCUUGAACCCAUUAUUGAUGGUGCUGACAAUGCGAACCUCUUAAAACCCAAGCACUGGGACUUAGUCAAAGACAAGAUAAGUAACAUUGUUCUGGAUUUCUUUCAAAAUAAUACUUCACUGAGGCUCUUGAAUCACACUAACAUUGCUUUGAUCCCUAAAGUUGACUCCCCUGAAAUUGUUAAUCAUUUUAGACCAAUUAGUUUGUGUAAUGUUGUUUAUAAGGUUAUCUCCAAAGUUCUAAUUGCUAGAUUAAAACCUCUCCUGGUUAAGUGCAUUUCAAGAAACCAAGGAGCUUUUGCUCCUGGAAGAUCUAUUGUUGAUAAUAUCCUCAUUGCUCAUGAAUUAUUUUCUUCUUUCAAUAGAAAGAAGGCUGCUUCUGGCUCCAUGGCUAUUAAGCUAGAUUUGAAAAAGGCCUAUGAUUAUUUGGACUGGAACUAUAUUAAACUGUGUUUACACAGAUUUAGGUUUGAUGUUAAAUGGAUAAACUUAAUAAUGGAAUGCAUUUCUUCUGUUACUUUUUCCAUUCUUAUUAAUGGCAAGCAAGAAUGUCAUUUUGCUCCUUCUAGGGGUGUCCGUCAGGGAGAUCCUCUCUCUCCCUAUAUUUUUAUUCUUUGCAUGGAACCUCUUAUUAGACAUUUAAAUCACGCUGCUUCUAACUCUAAGAACCAUGUUGGCAUUCUCUCCUCCCCUGGGGGACAUAGAAUAUCCAAUCUUAUGUUUGCUGAUGAUUGUUUAAUUUUUGCCAGAGCGUCCAAUAAGGCAGCUCAUAACAUCUCCAGAAUUCUCCUCGAUUUUGCCCAAGCUUCAGGGCAGAAGAUCAACUUAGAUAAGUCUUCUAUUUUCUAUUCCUCUAAGAUCUCUAAUAGUACUAAAUCUGAUAUUACAAGUAUUUUGGGAAUUCAACACAAGGUUUCAAUUGGUAAAUAUCUAGGGAUCCAUAAUAUUGUUUUCUGGAAAGACCCCUUGAAUGCUAAAGAAUUACUUUUGAAGAUCUCAAAUAAGCUCAGUGGUUGGAAAAAGGCCACCCUUUCUAGAGCGGGGAAGCUUACUCUUAUAAAAUCUAAUAUUGCUGGAAUGCCAAACCAUGUUAUGUCUUGCUUCAAUUGCCCUCCAAAAGUUACUAAAGCCAUUGAUAAAGAAACUAGAUCUUUCUUCUGGGGUAGGGACUGUCAUUCCCCCCCAGUUGCUUGGAACCAAAUUUGUCUGCCUAAAUCCUUAGGUGGUCUUGGAAUUUGGCCAGCAGCUUCCUUCAAUAAGGCUGCUUUGGCAAAAUUAGGCUGGAAAGUGAUCUCUGAUCAUGACAACUGGUGGGUGGAUAUUGUUCUUAGGAAAUACUUAAGAAAACAUGCUUUUUUCAUGCAAAAUAAGCAGGCCAACCAUUCUAUGGCCUGGAAAGGUAUUCUUGAUAAUAGAGAUCUCUUAAUUCAAGGUAUUCUUGAUAAUAGAGAUUUCUUAAUUCAAGGUAUGCGCUGGAUUGUUGGUAAUGGUACUGACAUCAAAUUCUGGACUUUCAACUGGGCCUUUUCUUUUCCUUUGAUCAAUCUUAUUUCGACUACUAAUAGAAUUUCUAUUGAUAUUGAUGAGAAUGUUAGUGAUUAUAUUGUUAAUGGCUGUUGGAAUGUUAAUAAACUUUCUCUUUUCCUUGAUCAUGAUACAGUUAACUCUAUUUUAAGUAUUCCUCUUCCAGCUUUGGACUCUAGGGAUGAAUUUGUUUGGGGGCCGACCUCCAUCGGUAUUUUUUCUGUUAAAUCGAUCAGCCACUUGGCUUCAAUCUCAGGGGAUGAGGACUUAAACCACCUUUUCUUCUCCUGCCCCUUUGCUGCAAAUGUUUGGCGCUCUGCUGGCAUUACCAAUACAGAUUUCCAAAACUUUGAAGAAUGGUUUCUUUCCUGGUUCAGGAAGGAUUACCAAAAGUCUACUACUGAAAAUCUUCUCCUUCUUUGCUGGAAAAUUUGGAAGGCGAGGAAUAACCUCAUCUUCAGACAUUCUCCCUCUCUUCCUAACAUGGUGGUUCAUGCUGCGGCAUCCAUUGGUGAGAACUACAGAAGGAAUAACCCUUGCCGUUUCAAGGGUCCUGCCUCUACCUCUCAAGUUAUUCGCUGGCUUCCUCCUCCUGCUGGCUUCGCCAAGCUCAAUUUUGAUGGUUCUGUUGUCAACAAUAAGAAAGCAGCUGCUGGUUUUGUUAUCAGGGAUCAUGAUGGAUCCCCCCCCUUUUUGCUGGUGCGAGAGCUAUUGGUCAUGCUUCUGUCCCCAUUGCUGAAGGAAGUGCUGUUCGUGAUGGUCUUUAUCAUGCCCUCCUCCUUAAUUGUCGAAAGAUUUAUGUCGAAGGUGACUCCAAGUUAA